GGAAGAACAUCUCAAAUAUUUUAACGAAUCGUACUGUAGGCACAGAUUAAUUAUCUUACUUUUAUUUUCACUGUUAAGUACCUGUUUCCUUCUUAAGGACAACAGCUAAAAGAAUUAUUUCACUACUUGUAUGUAUUAUGUAUUAUAGUCAUCUGUGAGGAUGAAAAGGGAGGCGUUCAUCUGUGUGAUUCUCGCAAUUAUUCUUAGUGCCAAUGGACAAGUUUGCCCACCUGGAUGGGUUGAUGGUCCUAUGGGCAAGAAGUGCUACCUUUUUGCUGAUAACCACCAAAGAAAUUGGUUUGAAGCUAAGUAUGUAUGUAAUUCUAUGCGAGCAGAGUUGUUAUCAAUUGAGGACUCUCUUGAAAUGGCAUGGAUUAAACAAGAACUGAGGAGAGUAAAAGCAAAGGUAACUGGUACUCCAGAAUGGUGGACCAGUCUACAAAAGAAUGGAACAGUUUGGAACUGGAGUAGUAAUAUUGUAUUAGAUGACACUGUUGUUCGCUGGGGUUCAGGUGAACCCAAUAAUUAUCAGAACAAGGAACAUUGCGCAGAAAUCUGUUGCCCACAUUUCUUAAAUGAUAUCAAUUGUGAAAAAAGGAUCAAUUAUAUUUGUGAACUUGAUAAAGAGACAAAUCCAUUGACUUGUGAUGCAGAUAAUGGAUGGGAGUACCACCAGGGAUCAUGUUAUAAAUUUGUCCAAAAAUUCAAGACGUGGAAUCAGUCAGCAUCAGACUGUAAAGAUUUAGACUCUAACCUGGCAGCUGUUGCAGAUACUGGUCCCCUACAUGCAGUUUCUACAAUAGCUAGCUUCCAACAGUACGAUUCCUGGGUUGGAAUUAUAAGGAAAUACAAGACAUACUUUUAUACAAAUUCUUCUGAAGCUAUUGGAAUUGAUAGUUAUAUACAGCCAAGUAAAACAACAGAUAAUUUUGACCCUGCUUGUUUGACUAUAAACAGUACAGUUAAGGAUGCAGCAAAAGGCCUGUAUCCUGAUAGCUGUACAACUCCUAAACCAUACAUCUGUCAAAAGCCUGAAGGAGUAUGUAAACCUGGAUAUCAACAGCAUCAGUCAAUGUGUUACUAUCUGUCGUACACAGAACAGAACAGAACUGGUGCUGAAACACUUUGUAAAGCCAUGAAAAUGUCAGUGGUGGACAUAACUAGUGCUAGUAAAUCAUCAUAUCUGGUCAGUUUGUUGAAGAAGAGAGGAGAUAUUGGUGAAAUAUGGAUAGGAUUAAAAAAACAGAGUACUAAUAACUGGUACUGGCCUAGCACAGGCGAAGUUCCAUCGUUGAAAUACUGGACAUACAUCUCUCCAAAUAGCAAUGAAACCUUGUAUGAUUGUGCUUACAUGAAUGUUGGAGAUAAUGGUAGAUGGAAUAGAAACUUCCCAUGUAAUAGAACACUUAGAGUUGUAUGUGAGGUACCUGCUACAACAAGUUUCACAACUACAACAGUGGCUCCACCUACUACUACUACAACUCCAGCAACAACAACAACAACUACAAAAACAACAAAUGCAGCUAUUACUGAGCCAGGUGUUUCAACUGCUGUACCAGAAGAAUCCUGUAGAUUGGAGUGGUGUGAAGACCUGUUUGAUCAAGCAAAAGAAUUUGAGAACCUAAGCCCUGCAAUGAUUCAAGCUGCCAAACGUUAUUCUGAAGCCCCACAUUGUAUCACAAUUAGAACAAGAGUGAAGUGUCUACAAGCGCAGCAUGAUCAGUGCAAGCAGCAUUUUAAUUACCAUACCCAGGUUGUUGGUCUGUCUCAGAUCAUGGACACAUUAGGAUGUUCAAACAGUACAUCUGCUGCUGUGUUUGAUCCUAAAACAAUGGUCCAAGAGUGUAGAACGGAUCAGAUGGGUAAGAUUUAUAGAGGAACUAUUAGUCAAACUAACACAGGUCGUACAUGCCAGGCUUGGUCAUUGCAAGUCCCUCAUAAGCAUGGCUAUAGUGAUCUACUAUCUGAUCAGAAGAACUUCUGUCGUAACGCAGAUGGUGAGCCAUAUGGUCCAUGGUGCUAUACAACUGAUGCAAACCAAAGAUGGGAAUAUUGUGAUAUACCAUAUUGCGCUGGAGCAGUUACACCAGCCAUCCCCACUACUGCUACAACAAUUGCAGUUACGACAACUGCUGCUAAGACAUGGAGUGAAAAAUGUGGGUUAUUUUGGGAAGAUUCACCUAUACCUGAUGUUUGUUAUCAUUUUGAUAAUCGGUUAUCAAGCUGGAUGGAAGCAAGAACAAAAUGUCAAAUGUUGGGUGGAAAGCUAGUUAGUAUCACAUCAACUCAUGAACAGCUUUACCUCGCUGGACGGUUGCUAAGUAGUAAUUUCAGAUCAAUGUGGAUAGGUGCUAAUUGUCGGGGAGCAGAUGAAGGCUGGAGAUGGUCUGAUGGUUCGCCAUUCUCCUUUCUACAUUGGAUGCAAGAUCAGCCUGAUGGUCUUGAUAAUGGUGAAGACUGUGUUUCUAUGGAUACUAAGUUAGGACAAUGGGAAGAUCAAGGAUGUGAUGUCAAACAAGGCUUUAUUUGUAGAAAGUCAGUUGCUGCACCAACCCUACCACCAAUUCCUCCAACAUCACCUGUAAUUGGAAAAGGCCAAACCUAUGGUUGUCCAGAUGGAUGGGUUAGUUAUAGAUCAAACUGCUAUUUGAUUUCUAGGAAAAAAACCACAUGGAAUGCUGCCAGAUCUAUUUGUAGGAAGAAUGGCUCUGAUUUAACUUCAAUUGCAGAAGAAGGAGAACAGGAUUUUAUUACAAGCCAAAUCCCUAAAACUCAUUGUUACAACAUCCAUUCCAAUGAUACUCAGUGUGAUAAAUGGAGAGAUCAAGGAGAAUGUCAGAAGAACCCAGUAUGGAUGGCAAGGUCGUGUCAUAAGAGCUGUAACUUGUGUAUUCGGGAUUGUAAAAAUAUCCAUUAUUCUGUGGAGUGUGACCACUGGGCUAGUGUUGGUGAAUGUUACAUUAACCCAUCUUAUAUGUUGCAGAAUUGUCCAUUGUCAUGUGGAAUUUGUGAUUCAGCUAUCUAUGGUGGAUUUUGGAUUGGAUUAAGUGAUACUGUAUUCCAAAUGAAUUUUAAAUGGUCAGAUGAUAGCACUGUCAAAUAUACAAAGUGGGCAAAAACUGAGCCCAGCAAUUGGAAUGGUGAGACACAGGAGGAUUGUGUUAUUAUGCUUCUGAAGAAUGGAAAAUGGAAUGAUGUUCCUUGUGACAUGGCCAAUGCAGGAUUUAUUUGUAAGAAGAGGAAGCAGGUUUUAAAUGAAGUUACACAGUCACCACUAGCUGUUGGUUGUGUCAAUAACACCAUUGGUUAUGAUGCUUACUGUUAUGGAAUCAAUGAUGAAAUGACAGAUUGGGCAACAGCAGAGAGUGUUUGUGCUCAAGUUCAAUAUGGACAUCUGGCAACAAUAAACAAUGUGUACACUCAGUUCUUUUUAGCUAGUCAGAUAGCUGGUAAAUCUGGACACUAUUGGAUUGGUCUAACCCAGGAUGUUAACUCUGGUGCCAUGGUUUCUUGGACUAGUGGUCUUCCAGUAUCAUAUACAGCUUGGGCAAGGAGUCAUACAGGGAGUAUUGAUGAAGAUGCUAUGUGUGUUGCCAUGACAGCAACCCAUCCUAUUGGAUUAUGGGAAACCAAAAACUGUACAUUAGAAAAGUCCUACAUUUGUGAAUAUCCUAGAGAAGGUUACACUACACCUACAACUACAACUACUACAGUAGCACCUGUAUUCUGUCCUCCAUCUUGGAUAGAGUUUAAUGGUUAUUGUUACAAGAGUAUUAACGAGAAUGGGGCAAAAAGAACUUGGAUGAAGAGCCGCGACUUCUGUCGAGAGAGAGGAGCAGAUUUAGUCAGUAUUCACAGUAGUGAAGAAAACAAUUUUCUGAGAAACAGAAUGAUUCGUUACCGUAACUAUGGUGACAUUUGGGUUGGUUUAAAUGAUAGAGAUUCAGAAAAUGGUUUUGAGUGGUCUGAUGGAUCCCCAGUGGACUUCAUGAUGUGGGCAACAAAUGAACCCAACAAUAAAUAUCAACAAGAAGAUUGUGCUACGAUUAAUAGAUAUGGCAGCGGAUGGAAUGAUGAUAAUUGCUACAAGGUUAAAUCAUUUGUUUGCAAAAUUCAGAAAGGGAUGCCAUUGAUAGAACCAAAUGACACAUACACUAAAGAAUAUUGUGAAAGUGAUUGGCUAUAUUUUGAUGGCUAUUGUUACUUCAUAAAACAAUAUGACUCGAAAAAUUUCAAAGAUGCAGCAGAAAUGUGUUAUGAUAAAAAAUCCAACUUACUCAGCAUCCAUUCUCAGCAUGAAAGUAAUUGGAUUUUAGAGCAAAUUUAUGGAAAGUCUGAUAUGUGGAUUGGUCUGAAUAAAUUGAAUCGUCAGUAUGAAGGCUACAGAUGGAAUGAUAAUUCCCCAGUGAACUAUGUAUCAUGGGGCUCAGGCAAACCAGGUUAUCCUUCUGUUAACAAGUGUGUCAAGAUACAGUCCAGUUCAGGUCGUUGGAUUGACUCUAACUGUAAAAGACUCAAAACAGGUUAUAUUUGCAAGAGAAAAAAUGACACAGAUAGUUUUACAACAACCCCAGCCUCUACUAUGCCUACAGUGAGAGGUGGAUGUUUGGGAGGAUUCAUCAGAUCUACGUUCAAUAGUAAAUGUUAUGGAUUUUUUAAAACAAAGAAAACUUGGAGCCAAGCAAAAGCAACUUGUGAAGCUUAUGGAAAGACAUAUGGUUUGGUCACUAUACAGAGUGAAUUAGAACAGAUGUUUAUAACCACUAUGCUGAUUAACAGCCUAGAGAUGGUCUGGAUAGGAAUGACAGAUGAACAUACCUACAGGAAGUAUUAUUGGGAUGAUGGUUCACAAGUUUCAUACACUAACUGGAACUCUAAGGAGCCUAAUGGGUAUAAUGAACAUUGUGUUGAUCUCUUUGUGAUAAAGGAGAAGUUUGGAGAAUGGAAUGAUGAAAGAUGCAGUUCAUCUUUGUAUUUCAUCUGUCAGGGGUUACAAAAUCCUAUAUUUCCUACAGAUACUUCUGAAUCUGAGUACUGUCCACCAGGAUAUGAAAAAUAUGAUCAAAUGUGUUAUAAAUUAUUUGAAGCAACUAAUGAUUGGAAUACUUCAUUGUCAAAUUGUCAAGAAGAUGGAGGUAGCUUAGCAUCCAUACGUAACCUUCCAGAGAAAAGUUUUGUUAGUUAUCUCACUUAUAACAAGUCAUCACUACCAUUUUGGAUCGGCCUCAACAAUAUGAAUUCUGAGGAUGGUAUAACUUAUCAAUGGAGUAAUGGUUGGCCUGUAAUCUACACUCAUUUGAAUUCAGAUUAUUUGCCGAGUAAACCUUGUAUAGCUGUUGGAGAAGAUUUUUGGACAGAUGAAGAUUGUGAUACCAAACUUCCAGCAUUGUGUCAGAUCAAUAAAAUAUCACCACCGAAAGCAGCAGAUCGGUCCACUUGCCCGCAAGGUGGUUAUGUAUUUGGGGACAAAUGCUAUUAUCCAAUUCUGCAUAAUCCUUUGACAUGGUUUAAAGCAAAGGAAGAAUGUGAUAACAAAGGAUUAACAUUGACCAGCAUACAAAGCCUAGAUCAAAUAGAUUAUUUGAUUAAUUUGAUCCAAAAAUUGGCUGGAAGCAGAUUGAAGGUUUGGAUAGGAUUGAACAAGCUGAAUAGAUACUCUUCAUCCUGGUCUUGGGUAGACUCAUCUUCAAAGGCAUUUGAAAACUGGAACAGUGGGGAGCCUUCAUCAUCAUGGCGUAGUAGUACACCAGAGGAAUGUGUGGAAAUGAGACCAGAUGGGACAUGGAAUGAUAUCAAUUGUCAUAAUUAUGAAAGACCAUUUAUUUGUAGUGGUGACACAGAUAGAGCAGUUACACCACCAAUCACCACUACAGCUACAACAAAAGCAGGAAACACUGUUGCCAUAGAAACAACUGAAACAACAAAUACAUAUAUACCAACAACUACAACACCAGCUGUAGCAAAACCAAGAGAUGAUGAAUUCAUUAGUCAAAAAAGAGUUUCAGGAGUAACCACAGGUUUAACAACAGGACAAAUAAUCGGAAUUCUGAUUGGUAUUUUGGGAUGUUUUGUAAUAGUGGCAGCCAUUUUAUUUAUCAUAAGAUUCAAUAGACAGAAUGACUCAUACAAACCUAAAACCCACAGUUUUGCAAAUGCCUUGUAUCUAAAAACAUCAGAAGAAAAUAAUGAAGAUGAUCCAAAUGCUAUGGGUUCUACUGUAAAAAUAUGUGGAGCAGAUCCUUUGUGAUUUUUAGAUUACUAAUAAAAUGUAUGAUGUAUGUCACUCUAUGUCAAUUAGGAUUAACAAAACUCCUGUCUGUUGACAAUAUUUAGCUUUUGGUGGCCUUAUAAUUAGUCUUUUUUGAGUUUCUGUACGGAGAUUUUUUUGUAAAAGAACAAAACCGAUAUAUUAGCUUAUUUCUUGAUCAUGUAAAAGAUGUAUCCAUGCAUAAAUAGUUAUACUAAUCAACAUUAUUCAUGUGAAGGGUAAACUUAUAAUUCACAACUGUAAAGUCAUCUAGAAAAAGUGUAUGCUUUGAUAUCAUGAAAAUGAAAACAGGUCAAGGUCAACUAAUUAAAGUAAAUCAUACAUAAUAAUUUACUGGUUUUAUUUUUUUGUUUAAAGAUCAUACCUGCUUCUUAUUCUGAAUUUUCUAUAAUCGGAAAAGAGUAAGGUACUCUGAAAUUCUAUUUUUGGAGUCAUUCAUGCAAUCAAAAGCUUGUGGGGUUUUUUUUUUUUUUAGGACUAUAUCGCUACUGUUCAGAAAUUAAAAAUAAAGCAAAGUGCAUUGAGCACAACAUUCUUUACAUCAAAAUUGGAGUUAACUAGUUUCCUUUGUUCAUAUAAUCAUAUAAUUAUGAACAAAGGAAGAAGGAAGCAUUCAAAUUAUUAAUAAAAUGAAAUGUAGAUUUUUUAGUUCCUACUGCAAAAUGAAUGCAAUAUUUACCCUUGAAUCCUCACAAGCACUUUGAUUUUCCAAUUUGAUGGUUUCAAGAAUAGAAUUGAGGACCAAUUUCUCUAUGCAUUAAAUUGGUAGUAAUCAUGAUCAAAUAUAAUGGAUUAGAACUGUCAGCUCAGUAGUUUGAAAUUUCAAUCAUGCUUAACAAAUUUUCAGCUUAUUUCUAAACAUGAGAUAUAAAUUGUUUUCAGUUUGUUUGUUUUUAUGCCCCCGCCGUAGCGGUGGGGGCAUUAAGUUUUACCCUUGUCCGUCUGUACGUACGUACAUACGUCUGUCCGUACGUCCCGAAAUUGGUUUCCGUUCUCUAACUUGAAUUUGCCUCAAACAAAUGUUAUGAAACUUAUACACAAUGCUUAUUACCACAAAACACAGAUCAAGUUUGAAUUUUGGUGGCGUCACUCUAACCGUUCUAGAGUUAUGCCCCUUUAUAAAUGGAAAAAUUGCAAAAUUUUUAUUUUCUUCUUAAUUUUGUUUUGUUUUGUUGGGUUUUUGUUGGUUUUGUAUUGGGGGGGGAUUUACUCUUCCAAUCGUCUUUUUAUAAUUUGUAAUUGGAAUAAUUCGGAGAUCACUGUUUGUACAACUAGACUAUGUCUUGUGUCUAUGAAAGUGUUAUUGACUGUUAUCAUAAGUGUAUUUUGUUUUCAGGUCAUAUACCACAGGUUCUUACUGUUCUUUAUGAAUUUAUUUCUGUUAUCAUAAGUGUAUUUUGUUUUCAGGUUAUAUACGACAGAGUCUUACAAUUCCUUAUGAAUUUAUGUCAAUGCUAUUAAAGGAUUAUUAUGUG